UUGCCGCUCCUGUCCAGGCUUGCUUGGGUCUCUGUUCGCUCCUGGGGCCUGGGGAGGGGGAGCCCGAAGGGGAGGGUUCGUCUCGCCCUAGAAAUCCCAGUCGCCUUGCCAUUGGCUAGGCAGACCCCGGCCUGGCCGCGGAUUGGCCAUCGCCGAGGGCUUGAAAGGUGGCUGGGCGCUUCGGACACCUCAGACCGACGGUGGCCCAGGAUCCCUGAGCGUCCAGGGCGGCCCGAGACGCGCCCAGCCCAACCCGCCAUGGCCCGGCUCCUCCGGGCAUCCUGCCUCCUGUCCCUGCUCCUGGCCGGCUUCGUCCCGCCCGGCCGGGGACAAGAGAAAUCCAAGACAGACUGCCACGGGGGCAUGAGCGGCACCAUCUACGAGUACGGGGCCCUCACCAUUGAUGGGGAGGAGUACAUUCCCUUUAAGCAGUACGCUGGCAAAUAUGUCCUCUUCGUCAAUGUAGCCAGCUACUGAGGCCUAACAGACCAGUACCUUGAACUGAAUGCACUACAGGAAGAGCUUGGGCCGUUUGGAUUGGUCAUCCUGGGCUUCCCCUGCAACCAAUUCGGCAAACAGGAGCCGGGCGAGAACUCAGAGAUCCUACCUAGUCUCAAGUAUGUCCGACCAGGAGGAGGCUUUGUCCCUAACUUCCAGCUCUUUGAGAAAGGGGACGUAAACGGGGAGAAGGAGCAGAAGUUCUACACGUUCCUGAAGAACUCCUGCCCGCCCACCGCGGAGCUCCUGGGCUCACCUGGCCGCCUCUUCUGGGAACCCAUGAAGAUGCAUGACAUCCGCUGGAACUUUGAGAAGUUCCUGGUGGGGCCAGACGGCAUACCCAUCAUGCGCUGGUACCACCGGACCACAGUCAGCAACGUCAAGAUGGACAUCUUGUCCUACAUGAGGCGGCAGGCAGCCCUGGGGGCCAGAGGGAAGUAACUCUCCCCCACCUCCACCCCACAUCUACCACACAGGUGCUGGGAAGGACUCUUCAGGAAGGAUUCCACAUUUCCAAUCACAUUCUACAACUCCCUCAGACCCCUUUUCUUACUACACAGAAGCCUAGCCUGGCAUAGUGAUGUGUCUGUACCACCGUGCAUACACUGUAAAGUUGUGUGUGACUGUAUGUACAUGGCUAAACAGCCACAUGUCUGCCUGCGUGAUACCUGGGAAUGGACCAUCCAUGCCCACAGCUGGGUGCUGGGCAGUGCUGGAGAACAUCAUCCUUUUCUUUGCAGCUCUGUUCCCAUGAGCCCAGAGGAGCACCAGUUCUAAUACAAUUAUUCUGCUCAAACCUGGGUAGUAACUUUGGGGCCAUCCCCCACCACCUCCACAUGACCCCACUUAGUCCUCCUAAGUUUCCAGUUCCACUACACUGCCAGCCUUCUCCCUCCUUCCUGAAGGGCCCUUCCCAGCCGCUAUCCCCACCCCACAGUGCUCCUGAGAUCAGUCAAGGCAGCUGUGAGUGCCAGCCACAUACACCUGUGUCAGGGGUGGUGUCUCCAUGAAGGAGUGGCCCGAAGCCCUUGUGGGCGGGCCUCCCCUGAGCCUGUCUUUGGGGCCAGCCCUUAGUGCAUUCAGGCUGAGGCCCCCAGGCAGGGAUGUCACCCCUGCUCCUCCAGAGGAUGUGCCUGUCCCUCACCCUGUCCAAUGGCGUCUCCACACCCCUAUCUGCCCAGUAAAGGCCUUUCUGCAGCAGCAA